AUGCUUCAGCUGGGUUGUUUGUGCCUGUUUUUCCUGAGGAGCUUUGGUGGUUUUCCUUUCCAGAUUGCCCUCGCCAGUUUCUAUGAGGACGGGGGUGAUGAGGACAUCCUGACCCUUCCCCAGCCCACACCCAGCUCCAUCUCCAGAGGCACUGGAGCCAGUGACCAUCGAGUAACCUCAUUCAGAGACCUUGUGCAUGCACAGGAGGAGGAUGAUGAAGAGGAGGAGGGACAGAGGUUUUAUGCUGGUGGCUCAGAGAGAAGUGGCCAGCAGAUCGUGGGUCCUCCGAGGAAGAAGAGUCCCAACGAGCUGGUGGAGGAUCUGUUCAAGGGAGCCAAGGAACACGGCGCCGUGGCGGUCGAUCGGACGGCCAAGAGUGGUGGAGAGACGAGCAAGCCAAAGCCUUUUGCAGGGGGGGGGUAUCGCCUUGGGGCUACUCCAGAGGAGGAAUCGGCUUAUGUGGCAGGAGAGAGGAGACAGAACUCUUCUCAGGAUGUGCAUGUUGUACUGAAGCUCUGGAAGAGUGGAUUUAGUCUGGAUAGUGGAGAGCUGAGGAGCUACCAGGAUCCGUCCAAUGCCCAGUUCCUCGAUGAUAUCCGCAGAGGGGAAGUCCCAGCUGAGCUGCGCAGGUUAGCACGGGGCGGGCAGGUGAACCUGGACAUGGAAGAUCACCGUGAUGAGGAGUAUGUGAAACCUAAAACUGUCUUCAGAGCUUUUACUGGAGAAGGACAGAAGCUGGGCAGCACUGCGCCCCAGGUGAUGGGCACCAGCUCACCAGCCCAGCAGGCAGAGAACGAAGCCAAAGCCAGUUCUGCCAUCGUGAUCGAUGAGUCAGAGCCCGUCACCAACAUCCAGAUCCGGCUCGCUGACGGUGGGCGCCUGGUCCAGAAGUUCAACCACAGUCACAGGAUCCGUGACAUCCGGCUCUUCAUAGUAGAUGCUCGGCCAGCGAUGGCUGCCACCAGUUUUGUCCUCAUGACCACCUUCCCCAAUAAAGAGCUGACUGAUGAGAACCAGACCCUGAAGGAAGCCAACCUGCUCAACGCUGUCAUCGUUCAGCGGUUGACAUAAAGGACCCCAGCUCUGUGCACACAACUGCGGGGUCGUCUCCUCCCGCGCGCCGGCGCCGUGCCACGCAGGCCCACAUCUGCUCCUAGCUCUGGGUUCUUAGGUCUUGGUUGGACUUUUUCUCUUUAGUUGCAUUUCCCAUGGGGUUUUUUGUGAUGAUGAUGAUGAUGAUCAGUGGACUUCAAAAUAAAUAAACGAAACGAAUUCGUUUGGAAAGGAGCUGCAGCCUCUUGUGCCCCAGAUUCCCCCAGGAGAGUUCAGUUACCUUGUGGAUUGAGUUACUGCACUCGGAGAGGGGAGGAGGGCAAGGGGGAAGGGAGCUCCAGGGAGCAGUUUCUGUCAGUGGACUGCUCACUACAGUCUUUCCCUCCAGGGACUGCUGUAAAGUACUCCCUUUUUUUUUCCUCACAUUAAAUAUAAACUAUCUGAGAAUGGGUGAUCUGAUUGUCAGGAUAAUGGUUACACUCCUGUAAAAACAUUGUGGAAGAAGUCUUCGUGAAAGAGCUCAGUGUGGGGAGAACUCCAACGUGUGAGGUGCAAGGUUUAACACUUCCUGUGCUUUUCUGGAGAGAAAUCCCUGACUUUCCUUCCCUCAGCACAGCUCUUGGGGCAUUCAUUGCAGUCCCCAGCUGCUCUGCCUUUGCUUUUCCUGACAGGCCAGACUGGCUGCAAGUUUAAAUUGCUGUACUGCAUUUCUCUGAGAAAGGCUGCUGCUGACUUCUUCUUUCCAAUAAGGCACAAAGCUGAAUCAGCUUGAAGUGACUGGAAGUAAAAGGCAAACAUAAUCUGUCUUACUGGAAAGCAAGUUCUGUCCUGAGAGGUGUAUUACUGAGACGGUUGCACCAGCUUGGGUGGAAAAACUCAAGGCUGUAAUACCCUUUGAUGUAUUUCCUCUUGUCUCCUGGGGACUAACAUAGCUGAACUCCUGGAAUUCUCCAGUGUUAAUCUGUUCUGUUUGUGUUUUGGGCUCAGGUCUCCAUCUCUCUCCUUCCUUUGAACAGAAUCCUGUGGGUGAAUUCCUUACGCCCAUACAGGGGGCACUGGUGGCGCUGGCAUAGCUGCCGUGGAGUAUUGUGCAACAGCACUUUGCACUGGCCCUCAGCUGCUUCUGCCUUUGUUCAGGGUUUCUGAGCAGAGCCCAGAGCUGUGCUGAGUCGUGGGCUGCAGCCACUGGCUCCAUGGGAACGGGGUCCUUGAGAAAGGCUGUGCUGCUGCCCUGCCGAGGGCUGGAGCACUCCCUCUCCAUCCUGCCUUAGGCACCGGAACCCCCUCAGUGCUCAGAAACUUGCAGGUCCUCCCCUUGGUGCGAGCAGAGGGAGCUCGGGAGCAGGUUGGGCAGGUUCAGCAUGAGGAACUCGCUUGGCUGCCUGUAGAACACAAACCAGAGAGCAGCCCUCAGCAAGGGCAUUUUUACAGCAGUUUCUCAGCUGAGAGCUGAAUUAACUCACAUUUUUCAUUACUAAAUGGACAUAGAGUGUGCGUAACAACCAAUUUGUAAAUUAUUGUGGAAAUUGCCAUUAAAAGCCCACAAACAGGAAUACAGCGUUCGAC